AUGUCUCAAAGAAAUGAAGAGCAAGAAAGAAUUGAACCUUCGAAACGAAAGGAUUGUUCAACUUCCCUCUACAACUCGACAUUAACAACUCGAUCCAAACAGACAAAGGAAACUUUACUUUUAUGUAAGGAGAUAAAGGUUUUUAAUCCAUCACAACCUCAACUACAACAAAAUGCCCUUGCAUUAUUUGAUAUUGGAUCGCAACUCUCCUUCAUCUCCAAAAAAUUAUCACGUCAAUUAAAGUUAACCGAAACAGAAACUCAAAUUAUGAGAAUAGCUCCAUUUGGUAUGAAAGAACCGAAAUCAUGUCCCACUGCUCGCAUACAACUAAAUGUGCUAACUACCGAAAGCGAAAUCAUACCACUACAAGCAAAUAUAAUUGAUUAUCUAACGAACGAAUUGCAGGUAGUGGAGACAUCAAAUGAAUUUCAAAUUCAAAAUUUAACAAAUUACUGGAAAAAACCUGAUGUAUUGAUUGGAGCUGACUAUUUUUUCAAAUUUAUUAGUCUACAAGAAAUCAAGGAAUUGAAAUCACGGCAUAUGUUGGUUCAAUCAAAAGUUGGUCCUAUGAUUGUUGGAAGUGGAGAUAUUAAGAAGCUUUGCAAGAACGAAUUAUAUCCUAAAGAAGUAGUAUAUUCUACAAACGCCAAUAUUAACUCGGAGCUAGAAAAUUUUUGGAAAUUAGAGACGAUUGGUAUCCAAGAAUCACCUCAAGAUGAUGAUGAUGAUCAAGCUUUAAAGCAUUUCAAACGGACCAUCAUCAAGCAAGCUGGAAGAUAUCAGGUUUGUUGGCCAUGGAAGGACUCCAAACAAAAAUUAAGCAAUAAUGAUGGAUUAUGCCUGGGACGAUUGAAGAAUUUGAUCAACCGCCUACAACAUAAUUCAAAUCUCCAUUCAUAUCAUCAAAUACUUAUGGAUCAACUACAUUCAGGUAUAAUUGAAGAAGUACCUCCAAAGGAUGAGGUAGGCGUUAUUCAUUACUUACCACAUCAUGAAGUAUUAACUCCUAGUAAAUCAACAACUAAAUUAAGAAUAGUAUAUGAUGCCUCAGCACAUCACAAAGGUUUUAAAAGCUUAAAUGAAGUACUAUAUCGAGGUCCAGUAAUGUUACCGGAUUUAGUUGGAGUAAUAUUACGUUUUCGGAUGAUGAAAAUAGUAAUAACCGCUGAUAUCGAAAAGGCAUUUUUACAACUAGAACUACAAAAUGAGGAAAGAAAUUGUACACGUUUUCUUUGCUAUCACAUCGUUUCUUUGAAGUAUUAG